CGAGUUGUUUGACAUUACACAAACCGGUGUCCGGUGUUGUGUUCAAUUUUGCAUGGCAUGUGGUAUAAUAUAAUAAGAUAAAGCUAGAAAUAUAAAUUAAGUAAAUAGUGCAAAUUAAUUUAAUUUGAGGAGCCUCAUAUAAUUAUAAUGCCACCUAAAAAAGUUGAAGAACCUGAAAAGAAACCACUUAUUGGCCGUGUCGGAACAAAUUUAAAAGUGGGAAUAGUUGGUGUACCGAAUGUGGGAAAGUCAACAUUCUUUAAUGUUCUCACCAAGAGUCAAGCAGCUGCAGAAAAUUUCCCUUUCUGCACGAUAGAUCCUAAUGAAAGUCGUGUACCGGUGCCCGAUGAGCGAUACGAUUAUCUUUGCCAGUACCAUAAACCUGCCAGUAAAGUGCCUGCGUUUUUGAACGUUGUGGACAUCGCUGGGUUGGUGCGAGGCGCGGCCGAAGGUCAAGGACUCGGAAAUGCCUUCCUCUCACAUAUCAAGGCCUGCGAUGCAAUCUUCAACUUAUGUCGCGCCUUCGAUGAUGAAGACGUGAUCCACGUGGACGGAGAUGUGAACCCCAUCAGGGAUUUGGAGACGAUUGGUGAAGAGUUGCGGCUGAAGGAUGAAGAGCAGUUGCUGCAGAACAUUGAGAAGUUGGAUCGGGUUGUCGUCCGUGGUAAUGAUAAGAAACUGAAGCCGGAGUAUGACUCUCUGAUGAAGAUUAAGAGCAUUUUAGUUGAUGAGAAGAAGCAUAUUCGUUUCGGUGACUGGAGCUCAUUUGAUAUUGAAAUUUUAAAUAAAUACCUAUUCCUAACUUCGAAGCCGGCGCUUUAUCUUGUGAAUUUAUCGGAAAAGGACUAUAUUAGGAAGAAAAAUAAAUGGUUACCAAAACUAAAGGAAUGGAUCGAUAAGAACGACCCUGGUGCACCUUUGAUCCCCUUCUCCGGAGUCUUCGAGAGCAAACUAUUGGACAUGGACCCACAAGAGAGACAGGCCUUCUUGAAAGAACAGAAUGUUACCAGUGCGUUAGAUAAAAUCAUCGUCCAAGGCUACAAAGCCCUGCAAUUGGAGUAUUUCUUCACAGCGGGAGUGGACGAAGUUAAGGCAUGGACUAUUCAGAAAGGGACCAAAGCCCCUCAGGCCGCGGGUCGCAUCCACACGGACUUCGAGAAAGGUUUCAUAAUGGCCGAAGUGAUGCACUUCAAGGACUUUAAGGAGGAAGGCUCCGAAGCCGCCUGCAAGGGGGCCGGCAAGUACCGUCAGCAAGGCCGUAACUACGUAGUAGAAGAUGGCGACAUAAUUUUCUUCAAGUUCAACGCAGGCGCAGGUUUGAAGGACGCUAAGAAGAAAUGACGUGACACAAUCCUCUUAAUCCUAAUGCAUAUGCUAUACAUGAACCUCGCUCUUUACUCUUUGCUACACGUCGCUUGAUUUGACACAAUUGUAUAUCGUUAAGACAUUGUUUACAUGUAUCUUAAUAACGGCUGAACCAAUUUUGAUUGUUGAAUAAUAUAACAUACAGAUGCCUUUUUAAGUUUGGUUAGUUAUUUUUGUAUGAUUUUUUAAUAAAACAUUGUUGGGAAAUCUAUAUAUCCAAAUUGAAUAUGGCAUAGAAACUAUUUGGAAAACGAUCUCUUUCAUAAAAAAUGAUAAUUUCAAUUUAAAUGUCAAAAAUGUUAACAUCAUACAGCGUGUUCCAAAUUUUACACGUUAGGCCGUAGUAACUCGUUUAUAGUUAACCAAAAUAAUUGUUUACAAAUUGCCAAUAUUGCAUAAUAUAUUUUAUUUGGACAGGGUUGGAUUGUUCAUAUAAAAGCAAGAAACAGGGUGUACAAAUAAAUUUACCUCUUUAAUGUUACGUUUAAUACAUAAUUUAAAAAAUACUUGACAGAAUAUUUUAUUCAUUUUCUGGGGUAAACAUACCUAUCCUAACAUCCAACUUCAGCUUGACGGUAAUUUAUGGCAGCCUGUAUAAUUUUAUUUUUUAGUUAAAAUUUAUGAAUUCUUAAAUAACCUUUUUAAUACAUAUUGUUGUGUCGUGUAAAUGAAACAUUUGUAAAUUUCUAUUAAAUAUCAUAAUUUCAGUGUGAUUUUGCUAAUUAUGUUGUUUCACUCUGACAUAUAGUAACAUUGUUAGAAUGAGACAGCAUACAGCAUAUGUACCUUAAAUAUGUACCUUGGUACCUUAAAUAAAAACCGUUAUAAUUUA